UCUCCCUCCCACAUAAGUUGGCGGGAGAGUUCGUUGUCUUCAACAACGUUAGCAGCGAAAGGAGGCCAAAACGGAAAACAGAGUACGGCCUCGCGGCCACCUGUAGCCACCCCUCGUUUCAGGCCUUGGCUCUCUUUCCAUCUCCCAAAACCUCUCUCCACCAUCCAAUCUUCCGUCCCCCCUGCCUCCAUCCCACCCGCUCUCGCUUGCCGGCAAGCCUCUCCGGCGACCAUGGAAUUAUGAGAAGAAUUGAAAGACGGCAGAAACCAAGUCCAUCAAUUGACGCUCGGUUUCGUUUCCAUCUGAAUGUCCACUCAAGAACAGCCUCGUGAUAUGACCAAAUCCAGCGCUAGUAAUGAAAAUUCCGUCAAGAAUGAUAAGAAGAAGAAGUCCAUCAUACCAAAUAUUUUUAGCAAGAAGGGGAAGAAUGGGGGAAGUGCAAAUGACGAUAUAUUCCCGCGGAGGGAUAUUGUUUAUGAUUUAGAGAGGAGGUACAUGAUAAGGAGAAGUUUCAUGGACACAUCUCCAGUUAUCAGAAAAAGCUUUUCAGAUAGACACUCGAGCUCACGCAUCGAAGGUCUGAAUCUAUGCAGCUUCGAACGGCCAUGCCGGCAACCUUCUGAAAUUCAGGAAUUCCGGAUAUUUGUGGCAACAUGGAAUGUAGGGGGGAAGCCUCCACACAAUGGUAUCAACCUAGAAGAUUUUCUACAAGUAGAAGGAUCCUCAGACAUCUAUAUCUUAGGGUUUCAGGAAAUAGUUCCUUUAAACGCAGGGAAUGUGUUGGUGAUUGAGGACAAUGAGCCUGCUGCGAAAUGGCUCGCCCUCAUCAGCCAAGCUCUCAACAAGCCCCAAGACCAGUCCUCCAGGGAUGACUCCUCUGAUCCCAACACUGGCUCAAAACAAAGUAAAGAUUCCAAGUCCACGAGCGGCCUCCCCUUCUUCCAAAAGCCUUCACUCAAGGUCCUCAGCAAGAACUAUCGUGUUGAUAGUGCUCUUGUUAAGACCUGCAAUUGCGGAUCGGAGCCCUCCAGCGUCCGGCGAAGGGCAAGAGAGCUCAGGGAGUUCGUCCAGAGAAUUGAGUCCACCGACGAGGACUCUCCGAUUACAAAGUUUGCAGGCUCCGAUCAGCAAAACCAGAUGAACUACUGUUUGAUCUCGAGCAAGCAAAUGGUUGGUAUCUUCCUCUCCGUGUGGGUCAGGAGUGAGCUGGUGCAACACAUCGGCCACCUUAGGGUGGCCACCUUGGGGAGAGGGAUCAUGGGCUGCCUUGGUAACAAGGGGUGCAUUGCGAUGAGCAUGUCGCUUCAUCGGACGACCUUUUGCUUCGUCUGCAGCCAUUUGGCUUCAGGAGAGAAGGGGGGCGAUGAGCUAAGGAGGAACUCAGAUGUCAAUGAGAUCCUGAAGAGCACACAGUUUCCUAGGAUUUGCAAGACCCCGGGUCGUCGAAUUCCUGAAAAAAUCCUUGAACAUGAUCGAGUGAUAUGGUUUGGUGAUUUGAACUACCGUGUAGCACUAAGCUAUGACGAGACAAGAGUGCUUCUGGAGGAUAAUGACUGGGAUGCACUCCUAGAAAAAGAUCAGUUAAAAUUAGAGAAAGAAGCAGGGAGAGUAUUCAAUGGGUGGAAGGAAGGGAAGAUCUAUUUUGCUCCUACUUACAAAUACUCACACAACUCCGAUUCUUAUGCUGGGGAGACAGUAAAAUCUAAGAAGAAGCGUAGAACACCUGCAUGGUGCGAUCGAAUAUUAUGGCAUGGGAACGGAAUAGAACAGCUUCAGUAUAUAAGAGGAGAGUCGAGAUUCUCCGAUCAUAGGCCUGUCUGUGCCGUAUUCGUGGCUCAGGUUGAUAUGAGCAAUGGUGGCAGAGGCAGAAUGGUUUAUUCCAGUGUCGGUUCGAGGAUUCCUUUCGAUGAACUCAUACCUCAGAGACACAGCUUCUAUGAAUUCUAAAAGGGAGAUUUCUCUUAUUGUGUAUACUUAUAUAAUGAAGAAAGGUUGUAUCUAUGUCCCUAGCUUGCUUGUAGCUCUCAAAUUAAUUACGUCUCCAAACAAGGCCAACAAAAUUGGUUUUUGGCAUGUAAAAUAGCUGUCAGGAACUCAGGUCUUCUACGUUUCUUGUGUCCUUUUUUCCCCCAAAAUUUCUUUUGAGGGCAAUGGGAACUACAUGUAACAAACACCAUAUAUAUCACAAGAGAAACUAAUAAUAUAAAGGCAUCAGUAAAUACACUGACCCCCAUUCAAUAAAAAAUA